GUUUGUUUAAUGAUAACAUGAAGAAACUCCUCUUCUUCUUGCCUUUGACGUGGUAACAGUUCACGUACACUUCUCCUCCCAGUAAAAAGUGCCACAUGACCUGUCUAGUAGGAAGUAGCGAGCAACAGCAACAGCAACAGCAACAGCAGCGGUGACCAGACGCAAAACGGGAGGAAGCUGUGAAAACUCUGAAGUCUCAUUCUCGACGUUUCUCAGCAGAUACGCUUUCCCUUUCGGAACAGAAAGAGCAAUACGUUAUCCGCAGUCAUGUACUCGAAGGUGGUGUUUUUCACUGUAUUUCUUGCUCUGAUUGGCGCAUCAGCCGCUACAGACUCAGAUGCUUGUUCCUCUCUGACGUGUGCUUCAUGUGAAACCACUAACGGCUGCCUGUGGGUUAACUGCACAGAAUCAGCUAUUGGCUGUUUCAACUACCUUCUGGCAGAAAACAACAGCUGCACCAAUGUUAGCUGCGCAGCUGUUGGAUCCACAGUUACAUCCCUUCCCACUACAGUUCACCCUGCCACAGCCUCCCCUACCACUGCUGGCACCAGCACCUCCACUAACGGCAGCACCCCACAGCCCACCCCAGACAAUUCAACACUUAUUUCCACCGCUGCCCCCACUCACAGUGGAAACAGCUCCAUCCCUACGUCUCCAUCCUCUACCACAGUUGGAAACAUCACAGAUACCACACCAACUUCCCCAUCUCCUGCCCCUCACAAUAACACCUUUGACGCUGCAAGCUUCAUUGGUGGAAUAGUGCUGGUCCUGGGCCUGCAGGCCGUGAUCUUCUUCCUCUACAAGUUCUGCAAGUCCAAGGAACGCAACUACCACACCCUUUGAAGCUGCCAAACUUUUUGAUCCACAUCACUCGGCCUAUCCCCACCAAUUAGAACCUUCCAGAGGACUCCCCACUAGGCACGUACUCAUCACGACGGACUCAAACACUGUUUUCAAGCAGGUUUUCUAGAUCUUUGAUGUUUGUUCCACUUGUGGUUUAGACCUACAUUAGCCUUGCUGUUGAAGUCUGUAUUAGGCACACACGCGGGCCUGUUGUGCAUGAUAAUUCCACUAGAACAACUAAUCAAAUCUCCUGUAAUAUGGCAUUUUAAGCCUUCAGCAUAUGUAUUAAAUCAUCUGGAAGCUACUCCCACCUCCAUCAUACCAUUAGUCAUUUUGUGAAAACCGCUGCGAAUUAGGGUGGAACGUAUUAUUUACAGCCUCUGUCCUCAUGGCUUUCUCACUUAAAUACAUCACUUGAGAGUUUAAGGAUUAGUAAUGUGUACAAAGUAGCUUUCCUGUUGAUGCUUGGGAGUAGUAAAGCUGCAAACUGGUGUCAUUUACAUCAUUGUUUUGAUUUGGAAACACUGUUUGAGUUCACAGCUAUGCUUAAACGCAAUGACUGUGAUGAUUCAGUAUUGCUUUUAGCCUGUUCAAUCUUGGGCAUGUUCCCUCAUCCCCCAUGCAGCUGUAUCAUGUAUUUGUUCAUAGAUGUUGUAAAAGUGGUGGGGUUACUUAUGAGGGAAUAGAAGCAACACCCAAUUAUCUGAUGUCAGACUUGAAAAAAAUAAGCCAUUUUUGGUGUCUCCCUUGGCAGUGCGGUGCGAUUUCUGCUGUUGACUUUACUGGGAAAAUCCUUCUAUCAAUACUAGUUGUAAAAGAUCAACUCGUAGUAGAGCAGCUAAAUGCAAUAAAUACAGAAUCAAGUUUAUUUGAUCAGCUGGCCAUUUGCGACCCAUUUAUCUGAGGGAGUCAAAAGAAGCCUGUGGGUCAAAAUGAAAGAUUGUAGAAUAUUUCAAAGAUAUUGAUAAUUCAAUUGUUUUAAUAGUUUAUAAUAUAGAGAAUGGGGGGAUAGAAAAGAAAAUGACCUUCACUUUCUUGAUGUGGACAGUGAUAGCAGUGAAGUGCCUUUUACCGUCCAGUUUGACUUAAAGAGAGAAUGGUGACACGGAAGAGGAAGUCUUUUCUUCCUAGUUGAGGCCCCAGUGUUAUCAUUAGUUUGUUUGUAAGAAAGAAACGGUAUCGCUGUGCUGAUAUUGGUAAGAACCGUAGUAUCCCAGCUGGACUGAAUAGCCUUUUAUUGUGAAAAAAUACAGUAGAUAUUUGUAACUCGAGGCCCUUGAUCAGUCAAGAUUGAAGUUUUCCCUAUAAGUAGAGGUCUUCUCACUGGUAGCUUUGUAUAAAUGAAUAAUUAAAGGCUCUCCUUUUUCUAGCGCCAAUACUACCCCAAAAUUUCCUCCCAACUCACUAUUUAUGUUUCAGAACUCCGUUGUAAAUUGUGUUGAAUUAUAAAAACAACAAUGAGCUGGAAUUAAAUUUUGGACCGCUGUUAGGUGCUAUAAAUCAGGGAAUGUAACUUUAAAGAAAUGGCAAAAUAUUGGGCUUAAUUUAAAAAUUGGGGAGAGUACAUCGAGUUAAAAAUGUUAGGACUGUUUGAGUUUAGUCCAACUGUUUUGGUUUGGUCCAAUGAGCAUUGCUCCUCUGAUUUCUGAAUGGAGUGUAAAUGAGAGGAUUGUGAAUGAAGUGCGGAACUGCAACAACGAAGCGGCUGUGCUAGAGCUCACGUCAAGUUCUCUAAUUAGCUUGCUGCUAACUGUGUGAUGUUAUUUCUUUUGCCAUUUUGUCCUUCCUGUACAUAGCCAUAUCCUGUUUUUCUUCAUCUUCUAGGUUUGGACUUUAGGAAAGGCUAAAUGAAGGAGUGUUUAUCAGUACAUUUUGCUUGUAGCGGCUUGUUCAGUGUCAAGGAUGUUUUGUUAAAUGCCUGUUUUUUCUUAUUGCAUGCUGGAUGCUUGGAGUUGUGAUUUUUCCUCCCAUUGCAUAUCAUCUUAAGGAUUUAUACACUUUAAAAACCACUUGAUUAUUUGUAAUCAGCCCAUAUGCUAGUUGAAAGAAUGCCUCGAAACUGUGCAUUGAGCCAAAGUCCUUAGUUUGGGCAUGGAAAUUGAGCAUUGCAAUGAUAAGCUUUGUUUUGUAACUGUCUUUGUAAAUGUUUUCAUGGUUCAGCCCAAAAAAAAUCUGAUGCUUGUAUAAACACUCAGUCUUGAAUAUUUACUAGGUAAUGGAUGAAUAAUGUUUUUAUGACCACGAACAUUAAGAAAUUGUGAGUGCAGAGGGUCUUUUCUUCUUUUUGCUUUGGCUUUCAUAAUUUAACCUUACAUGUUUCCUGCUGCUCACCAUUAACACGCCUUUUAACCUUGUCACUUGAUGGCAUUAGGCUACAGCCCAAAGACCCAGCUAUGGCGAGAAGGCUCCAGAGUUUUGCCUUAGCUGCAUUAAUUUCUGCAUUCUCUCCAAAUUUUGAGAAUUAUGAGUUCUAUUCACAGCUGUUGAAUGGCAUGCUGUAACCACUGAAUCCAGUCAGAGUGCUUUCUGCUUUUGACAUAGUAGCUGCAUUCCAUAAGAACACAGUAUCCCGUGAAGACUUUGUGUUGCCUCUCUUCAGCUUCUCCUACAAGUUACUAACUCAGUCCGUGCACCUAAGGAAAAGUGCCUUAUUCAGUUAAUCCAUAUAUGCCACACCUUUUCAAUUUCAAUGUGACUCAACACUUUCAGACCCCUGCAAAGUGGUUUUGUUGUAUGAUAUUCUACUUUGUCUUUUUUGUCAUUCUCAGCCUUAAGUUGAUCAAACCCACAGAGCAUUUGCUAGUGACAAGCUGUCUAGGCAACUAUUAGCCUGCUUUUAUUUGAAGAGUGUGUUUGUUAGAUGCUAUGUUUUCAUUAGCAUUUAAGUGCCUAGAUUUCAACCAAUCACAAUAGAUUUAUAGUUGUUUAAAUGCUGGUGAAAUGGCUAGAACAAGCUAAUGUAUGGCACAGUUUUCAAGUGGAUUUAACUUGGACAACUUCUCACAAGCACAUUGUAAUAGAAUAACUUACCAGUAAUGUUGUAACCACAGCCUCAUAUCUCUAGUGUCAUUGACUGCAACAUUUCCUCCAUAAUGUAAACAGUUAUUGGAUGACUUGGAGUCCACUUUGGUUGUAAGUUUGCAGUGUUGCAUUGAAUUAUUUUCUGUCCCAAUAAGAUUUUAAAUUUGCAUGGACUGUUAGUUUUCAACGUGUUCAAUUCCAAGAGUAAAACCUUUGGAUUCCCUCCUUUUGCCCGGCAGAUGUGCACACAUUGUUAUACCAUAUUUUUUUAGAGGCCAUUAUUAGGAUUGUAGGUACAAUAUUUUUUUGGGGCUUUGCUUCCACACAACAAUAUGUAGACACUUGCAGGUGCCACAAAGCCUCCUGGAUUGUUUUGUGCUUAUUUUUCUCUCUCAAACCAUUUUAUUUUGUGCCUUUUUUUCUAGUGUUGCCUUUAAUUUCACGGUGUAAAGCCAAUAAAGUUUGAAUCUUGUUAAACAAA